UACAAAACACGGGCUUAAUACAAUACAUAAACAUUAAACAAAACAAAGAAAUCAGCUGAGUGUCAGUACCAAUACGUGUCCGUUCCUAGGAAAAUAGCCGCAAGCAAAAGCGACAUUUGACUACUAUACAUACUUUAAAUGGUAUCUGUACACGCGAUUGUAUGGAGACAGUAUCAUUUUUAUCAAGUUUUGGUUUAAUAUUAAUUCCGUUUGUUUUUAGGCCGGGACUUUUUGUGCAAUUUGGUAAUAAUGUCUUCAGGAUCUUGUCUUAUGCAGUAUGUUUCUCUGUUUGCAAUGUUUAUAGCAGUAAGUGUAUGUCAAGAACCUCUCUCUGUGGAAAUGGAUGCAAGCACUGAAUAUAACAAAGCGCAUUUGAAAGAAGAUUUAGAAGGUGUUAUUGACAAAAGUCCAGAAGACAUGAGCAUUAAUGAGCUUCAAUUUCACUACUUUCGCCAGCAUGACUACGAUAAAGAUGAAAAACUUGAUGGAAAUGAGAUAGUGGCAUCAAUCCUGCACCAUACUGAACAUGCUGAGAAUCCCGAUGGUGUCACUGAGGGGGGUCGUAAAUUCUCAGACGACCAGCUAGUGACCAUUAUAGACGACGUGUUAAAAUAUCAGGAUAGAAACAAUGAUGGGAAACUAGAUUUUCAAGAAUAUAUCACUCCUUAUCAAGACGCAAACCCGGAUGCAUAAUAAUCAAUUCUCACUCUUGUUGCCUUUUUCCAUUGCCUUCUUCUUUUUUGCUUUUACUUUAUCCCACAUAUUUUAUGUAUGUUUUAAAAUAGAAAAGUAGCAAUUUAAACACCCUGUUUGGUUAGAAGAACUGCCAAUUUCAAAUUAUUAUUUAAAAUUAUGUACUUCCUCUGUUAUGUUGCAAAAUUAUUUAUAUUUAUUUGCUAUUUUGACAACUUCCCUGCUGCAGAAAUUAUAUAAAACCUACGCACUUAAAAUAACUUUCGGUUAAAAAUGAAUGUUUGUUUAAUCAGUUCAAAAUGGAGUGUAGUACUGUUUUGUGGUGUUUUACCCUGUUUAUCAUUACCCAUUUAAGUGUUAUUUUUUAUGGUGAAUAAACGCUUAUUAUACCUGAAUAAUUAAA